GAGCCGGCCGAAACCCAUCACGUGUCAUUUUUCUUCCGUCCCUUGUUUCGUGGUGCGUCCCAGGCAGGCGCCGAAGUGGUGCGGCGAUGGUCUAGAAUCGAUAUUUGUGACUUUUUUUUUUCUUCUCUUUCACCCGGCAAACUGACUUCACGCUGUGGACGAAAUGGAUGGAGGCAUGGGCGACUGCAGCGAUCUGGAUCGCCAGAUCGAGCAGCUGCGAAGAUGCGAAAUCAUCAAGGAGUCCGAAGUCAAGUCACUCUGCGCAAAAGCCCGGGAAAUCCUCGUCGAAGAGAGCAACGUCCAGAGGGUGGACUCUCCGGUUACCGUAUGUGGUGACAUCCACGGCCAGUUCUACGAUCUGAAGGAACUGUUCAAAGUGGGCGGAGAUGUUCCCGACACGAACUACCUCUUCAUGGGCGACUUUGUCGACCGGGGCUUCUACAGCGUCGAGACCUUCCUACUACUCCUCGCAUUGCAGGUGCGCUACCCAGACCGCAUCACACUGAUUCGGGGCAACCACGAGAGUCGACAAAUCACACAGGUGUACGGCUUCUACGACGAGUGCCUGCGCAAGUAUGGCUCUAUCACCGUCUGGCGCUACUGCACGGAGAUCUUCGACUACCUUUCCCUGUCUGCUGUCAUAGAUGGCAAGAUCUUCUGCGUUCACGGGGGCCUGUCGCCAUCUAUUCAAACCCUGGACCAGAUUCGCACCAUUGACCGCAAGCAGGAGGUGCCUCAUGAUGGCCCCAUGUGCGAUCUGCUCUGGUCAGACCCUGAAGACACACAGGGCUGGGGAGUGAGCCCGCGAGGUGCGGGCUACCUCUUCGGCAGCGACGUGGUCUCGCAGUUCAAUGCGACCAACCACAUCGACAUGAUCUGCCGCGCCCACCAACUUGUCAUGGAGGGGUACAAGUGGCACUUCAACGAGACCGUCCUCACCGUCUGGUCUGCGCCAAACUACUGCUACAGGUGUGGAAACGUGGCCGCCAUCUUGGAACUGGAUGAGCAUUUACAACGAGACUUUACUAUAUUUGAAGCUGCACCUCAGGAAAGCAGAGGCAUACCAACCAAGAAACCACAGCCCGACUACUUCCUGUGACAGGACUCUCCUGCCUCCACCUUUUCCCCAGCCCCCUUUUUGCACCCAAAUGUUGUACCUCCGUGUCAACUCCCUCUCCCGUUACGAAGACGCCAAGUCUCAUUCACAUCGACAUUUCUUGCAAGACCGACACUUAUUGGACUUCUCAUACCGGUUCCUUCCGAGGUCAUUAAUGCUCUACCAUUAAUGCUCUACCUUUCUUGGCUGAACGCACCCUCGAAGUGAGCCUGCCAGGACGACAACAACAAAAAAGAAAGAUUGUUGCGCCACUUUCACGGCUGGGUCGUGUCAUUCUUUUCAUCGUCAGUGUCUCGAACUGAAAUUACAUUUGUGUGUGGGUUACAGGUGUUCUUUUUCCUUUCUUCUUUUUUUUUCUCUCCUAGCCUUUCUGCAGCUACUAGAGCUCGUAUUUUAUCUUGUUUGGCUGUUUGUUUUAUAAAGACCACAGUGUACAUACUAUAACGGUUUCCGUUUUCUUUCGUUUGGUGUGUAGUGAUCCUCUUCUUCACAUCAGUUGGUAACAAUUUGCGAACCAUACUAGAUCAUUGCAAAGUGAAGCUCUGUUUCAAUAAAUGCAAAGACGUG